GCCCCCGCCCUGCCGCCUUCUCUCCCGGGCGCCUUCACUCGUGCUCCCCAAGUCUCUCUCCCGCCCAGGCCCCGGCUGCGCUUCCCGGCCAGGAAAGGCACGGCACAGCACUGCGGGCGGGCAGCCAGGAUGCAGGCCCCGAACAAGGAGCACCUGUACAAGCUGCUGGUAAUCGGCGACCUGGGCGUGGGCAAGACCAGCAUCAUUAAGCGCUACGUGCACCAGAACUUCUCCUCCCACUACCGGGCCACCAUCGGCGUGGACUUCGCGCUCAAGGUGCUCCACUGGGACCCGGAGACCGUGGUGCGCCUGCAGCUCUGGGACAUUGCAGGUCAAGAAAGAUUUGGAAACAUGACAAGGGUCUACUACCGAGAAGCCAUGGGUGCGUUUAUUGUCUUCGAUGUCACCAGGCCAGCAACAUUUGAAGCCGUAACAAAGUGGAAAAAUGAUUUGGACUCAAAGUUAAGUCUCCCUAAUGGCAAACCAGUUUCAGUGGUUUUGUUGGCCAACAAAUGUGACCAGGGGAAGGAUAUGCUCAUGAACAAUGGCCUCAAGAUGGACCAGUUCUGCAAGGAGCAUGGUUUCGUAGGAUGGUUCGAAACAUCAGCAAAGGAAAACAUAAACAUCGACGAAGCCUCCAGAUGCCUGGUGAAACAUAUACUUGCGAAUGAGUGUGACCUGAUGGAGUCCAUCGAGCCGGACAUCGUGAAGCCCCAUCUCACAUCGCCCAAGGUUGUCAGCUGCUCCGGUUGCACCAAAUCUUAGUUAACAAUUUCAUCUUCUCAUGAAUUGUGCCUCAAUUUUUUUACCAUGUUGUGUAAAUGUCAUGAUAGGGACACAUGUGUGGCAAACCAAAGAUCUAUGUCUGUAUCUUUCCUAUAAGAGAGAGAAAUAACAAAUAUUCUUUUUAUGUUCCCCCCCCACACAUCAGCACAGUGUUUACAAGCUUUUAAACUAUUUAGUCUGUUACAAAAUUCCGUCUUGUAGCUGACCACUGUUGUGUAGGGCCACAGUGGUCCUUGUUAUUUGCUUCUUUGAAUCAGCCAAGGCCUCAGGUCUUAAAGAGAAAGGGGAGUAGAGCAAACUGGCUGGCAAGUUAAGCAUUGGCUUUCGCUUUGCCCCUAGUAUCUUUGUCCAGAUUUCAAUACGGUCUCUGCUGCUCUGACAGGCCUCUUACGUAGAAACAGUAUUUUCUCCAGAGAUGACCACAAUUCUCAACAAACAAGAGUUAUCUCUGAUUUAGCUCUUCAGAGUCACAUAUCCAGGCUUCCUGUGCUUUUGUUGCUUUUGUUGUCACUUCCAGCCCCUGAAUGUCAGUAUAACUGAAUAUGGUAUGAAAAGACUGGCCCCCUGUAUGUGCCUUUUUGUUAGGUUUCUCUGACUCAAGCUGUGGGACUAUUCUGUAUGUGUAAUAUAUGUUAUAUAUAUUUUCACAAGAGAAAAAUAAAACAUUAACAGAUGCUGCUUCCUUAUUUCUGAAAGUGCUUUUAAUUUCU